AUAAAAUUCAGCCAUUCACCAACAUGUUCUUUUUUCUUUGGGAAAGAUAUGUUAUUUAAAACCUUUUUUUUCUUUCAAAAAAAGGUAUAAAAUAAUAUUGUAAAAUAUCUAAUGUUUUUCUACAAUUAAAUAACUAUAUUUUGAUCCAUGUCUACGCCACGUCAACCUCAUCGCUGCUAACACACGCCUUCAUUUCGAUUCCACAAAUAUCCAACUCAAAUCAUCAACCCCUUUGCCUAUUUCUGUUCCUCUCUGCUUUACUUUCUAUGAAAACUUUCAGGUAGUCCAUUGUGAUUUGCUGGCUUCAUACCUAACCAUGGCAGUGGUUACUAGGGGGCAAUCCAUGUUGUUUCAAGUCAUACUCACAUUUGUUCUCUUUCUAAGCAUUUUGAACAAUGUGAACGCGGGCAUAACAAGCACCUUCAUACGGUCUGAGUGGCCAGCAACUGAUAUCCCUCUUGACAAUGAAGCAUUUGCAGUACCAAAUGGUCAUAAUGCACCACAACAAGUUCACAUCACUCAAGGUGAUUAUGAUGGUAGAUCUGUAAUAAUCUCAUGGGUUUCCCCCGAUGAACCAGGAUCCAGUAAAGUACAUUAUGGAAAAUCUGAGAAUAAUUAUGAGUUCACAGCAGAGGGGACAGUCAACAACUACACCUUCUACAAGUAUAAGUCAGGCUAUAUUCAUCACUGCCUUGUUGACAACCUUGAGUAUAGCACCAAGUACUAUUACAAAAUUGGGAGUGGUGAUACUGCCAGAGAAUUUUGGUUUGAAACACCACCAGAAAUCAAUUCAGAUACUCCUUACAAAUUUGGGAUUAUUGGUGAUUUGGGGCAAACAUAUAAUUCCCUUUCCACUCUGGAGCAUUACAUUCAGAGUGGAGCCAAGGCAGUCUUAUUUCUCGGGGAUCUUUCAUAUGCUGAUAGAUAUGACCAUAAUGAUAUUGGCUUACGUUGGGAUACAUGGGGUCGGUUUGUUGAACGUAGCACUGCAUAUCAACCGUGGAUUUGGAAUGCUGGAAAUCAUGAAAUCGACUACUUUCCUCAUUUGGAAGAAGUUACUCCGUUUAAAAACUAUCUCGAACGAUACACUACUCCUUAUAAGGCGUGCAAAAGUAGUAGCCCCCUUUGGUAUGCAAUCAGACGCGCAUCUGCUCAUAUAAUUGUCCUCUCCAGUUAUUCUCCAUUUGGUAUGCAACUCCCUGUUCCUUUUCCUACCUCAUCACUUUUCAUUCUGAUUCCUAAUUGGUCAAACACUCAGAUCAAAUGUUUUUCUCCUCUCAUAUUAACAGUGAAGUACACACCUCAAUGGACGUGGCUGAGAGAAGAACUUAAAAGGGUUGACAGGGAAAAGACACCGUGGCUUAUUGUUCUGAUGCACGUUCCAAUCUAUAACAGCAACAGCGCACACUUUAUGGAAGGUGAAAGCAUGAGAAGUGUGUUCGAGAGUUGGUUUGUUGAAUACAAAGUUGAUGUCAUCUUUGCUGGACAUGUUCAUGCUUACGAAAGAUCAUAUAGAAUUUCAAAUAUUAGGUACAACAUUACAAGUGGUGAUGCUUACCCUGUACCUGACAAAUCAGCUCCAGUUUACAUAACAGUCGGUGAUGGAGGAAAUCAAGAAGGUCUUGCUGAUAGAUUCCUUGAUCCUCAACCAGAGUAUUCUGCAUUCCGUGAAGCGAGUUAUGGGCAUUCAACAUUGGAAAUUAUGAACCGGACACAUGCACUUUACCAUUGGAACCGCAAUGACGAUGGGAAGAAGUUGGCCACCGAUGCCUUUGUACUGCGCAACCAGUACUGGGCUAACAAUCAAAGGAGGAGAAAGUUGAAGAAGCAUUACCUGAGGAGUGUAGUUGGAGGGACUGCCAUAUAGUGGAGAAGAAACAAACAAACAAAAUUAUGCGAUUCGUUUUACAUGAAUGGUUAUUUUGAUUGAACAUAAUUUGCAUGGUUCAAUAAAAAAAGAAAGGAAUGGAAACGCCAUUGGGUUGACCAGUUCUACUUGUUAAGCUCUACAGUCAUCUUUGGUUAAUAAGCUACGUUUCUAUUGUAUUAGAAGUAUAUGCCAUUGCAAGCCUCUCUAUUUGUAAAUGCCUUGAAGGAAAACCACUUUUGUUAAGUAGACAUAAUAAGGGAUCUGUAAAAGAUUUGUUGUCUUUUAUGAACCAUUACUUGCAGAAGUACUAUUUGGUAA